AUGGCUCUCUCUGCCCCCAGCACCAACCCCCAAGCUCUCAUCGCCCAAGAAGUAAGCCCUGAGCAGACCUUCACCACCUUCACCGCCAGCACAGCGUGGACCCUAGGCAACGCUCUCCGCGAACGCAUCCUCUCCCUCCCCGAAGGAACCCGCAGACCAUCCCUAAUCAACAUCGCCCUCGCAACCGCCACAUCCGGCGGCCUCCCGCCACACGUCGUCUUCCAGAGCGCAACGGAGAGCGGCACGAUCCCCGACAACGAGAACUGGGUGCGGCGCAAGCGCAACACCGUGCUGCGCUGGGGCGUCUCCAGCUGGGCGAUGAGACAGAAGAAUGUCUCGGCUCUGGCGGCGGGUGCGACGGCCGAUGAGGUUGAGGCUGCGUUUGUGAAGAAGUUUGCUCUCGCCAGUGCGAAUGGGGGUGCUGUUGCGGAUGAUUAUGCUAUUCAUGGGGGUGGGUAUCCCAUUCGCGUGCGUGGGGUUGAGGGGAUUGUUGCUGUUGUUGUUGUUAGUGGGUUGAAGCAGGAGGACGAUCAUCAGGUUGUUGCUGAGACAAUUCGGGAUGUCAUUGCCAAGGGCAAUUAG